UUUUUUAAUAAUUUUUUUUUUCUCUCCAUACGUCUUUUCUUUAGGCAUAAAGAUGCGUGCGAUGAUCCCCUAGUAUAUAUCAUCGGACUCGAGAAGGUGUGCACAAUCGUUCAUAAUUAUUCACGCUAAAAGGAACGUAGAAAAUGUUAAAUGGCACAAUCAAAAAAACUAUGCAACCGGACGGGAGACUAAAGCUCUCCUACGACAGCCACCUGGAGACCGUAGCGGCGGAGCUCGGCUCCUGGUACGCUUGGGACUGUCACGUGGACGUGUCCCUCGCCUGCGAUGACGGCUCCCUCAUCAGGGCCCACAGGGUCGUCCUCGCGGCGGCCAGUCCCCUAUUGGCCAGCCUCCUCAGCAACACCUCGCUCGAGCACGUCGUCCAUCUCGUCGGGGUGCGCAGGAUCCAGGUCGUACACCUCCUCGAAUUCCUCUACAACGGCGAGGCCCUCAUACCU